GUUUUCAUCUCUACCACAAAUUGCCCCAGAUAGUUCCAGAAAGUUGUCUCCUUAUUGUGAUUGGACUGAUUUUAGGUGGAAUUAUAUUUGGGGUACAGGAAAAAUCUCCACCAGUGAUGAAGAGCGAUGUUUUUUUCUUAUAUCUUCUUCCUCCAAUUGUCCUUGAUGCUGGUUAUUUUAUGCCAACACGCCUCUUCUUUGAGAACUUUGGGACCAUUUUUUGGUAUGCUGUUGUGGGCACACUCUGGAAUUCUUUUGGCAUUGGUAUUUCCCUCUUUGCCAUUUGCCAGAUUGAGGCCUUUGGUCUGAGUGACAUCACUCUACUGCAGAGCCUGCUUUUUGGGAGUUUGAUUUCAGCUGUGGAUCCUGUGGCUGUGCUGGCUGUCUUUGAAAAUAUUCAUGUCAACGAGCAGCUGUACAUCUUAGUUUUUGGAGAAUCUCUCUUGAAUGAUGCUGUAACUGUGGUCCUGUACAACUUGUUCAAAUCUUUUUGCCAGAUGCGUACAAUUGAGGCCAUUGACAUAUUUGCUGGAAUUGCUAAUUUUUUUGUAGUUGGCAUCGGUGGAGUUUUGAUUGGAAUCAUUCUUGGAUUUGUAGCAGCUUUUACUACUCGUUUCACCCAUAAAAUUCGAGUGAUUGAGCCACUGUUUGUCUUCUUAUACAGUUACCUAUCGUACAUAACAGCUGAAAUGUUUCACCUUUCAGGGAUUAUGGCGAUUACAGCAUGUGCUAUGACCAUGAAUAAAUACGUGGAGGAGAAUGUUUCUCAGAAGUCCUAUACUACUAUAAAAUAUUUCAUGAAAAUGCUGAGCAGUGUCAGUGAAACUCUUAUCUUUAUUUUCAUGGGAGUAUCUACAGUAGGAAAAAACCAUGAAUGGAACUGGGCCUUUGUUUGCUUCACUCUGCUAUUUUGUUUGAUUUGGCGUUCAUUAGGAGUGUUUGCAUUGACUCAGGUAAUAAAUGUAUUUCGGACAAUUCCUAUAACGUUUAAAGACCAGUUCAUUAUCGCCUAUGGAGGCCUCCGAGGAGCUAUAUGUUUUUCUCUGGUCUUCCUUCUCCCUUCUGCUGUAUUCCCUAGAAAGAAGCUUUUCAUUACUGCUGCUAUCGUACUGAUAUUCUUUACCGUGUUCAUUCAGGGAAUGACAAUUCGCCCACUGGUGGAGUUUCUUGAUGUUAAAAGAGCAAAUAAGAAGCAACCAGCAGUUAGUGAAGAAAUCUACUGCCGGUUCUUCGAUCAUAUCAAGGCUGGUAUUGAAGAUGUGUGUGGACACUGGGGUCACAACUUUUGGAGAGAUAAAUUUAUAAAAUUUGAUAAGAAGUACCUAAGAAGACUUUUAAUUAAGGAAAAAGAACCAAAAUCAAGAAUUGUUGCUCUGUACAAGAAAUUGGAAAUAAAACAUGCCAUUGAAAUGGCAGAGAAUGGGAUGUUAAGCACAGUUCCAUCUCUAGCUUCUAUCAAUGAGCCUCAAGAAGGAGAAAAAAUAAAUACACCUUAUUCUGGCCAAAUGGAUAACAUAAGAGAGAUUUUAACAAAGAAUCUGUAUCAGAUACGGCAAAGAACUCCAUCAUAUAAUAGAUACAGUCUUGCUGAAGAUGCAAAUGAAAAGCAGGCCAAAGAAAUUUUGAUUCGUCGCCGACAUAGCCUAAGAGAGAGCAUUAGGAAGAGCAACAGUUUAUCAAGAACAGUGCACAUGAAAUCACCACGUUACUUAUCACUACCUAAAAAUACUAAACUUGCAGAGAAAACACGGAAAAGAAAUCAAUCCUCCUUUAAAGUAAGUGACAGCAGUGAUUCUGAAUCUGACCAUACCAUGGUGCUGAAUUUCAAAUCCCAAGCGGGAAAAAUUUUGAGAGAUCAAAGACUUCAUCAGCAACAAUGCAGAAUUGAGUGGAAGAAUGAAACAGACAAAGACAAUGGUGGUACAGCGAGCUACCCUCAAGGAACAACAAGAGGUUUCCGGCAACCACUGUUGCCAAGACCAGCAUUUGGCACAGUGAAUGAAGAAUCAGCUGAAGAUGACAGAUCAGUCAAGCCCCUGCCACCACCUCGAUUAGCCCGACAGGCAUCAAAAGCUGAAAGGCCAAGAGAUAAAUCUGAGAAUAACCGUAGCAAUAAUUACUAAACAGAUGCUAACACUCAGCAGUACAUAUAGUAGACUAGCAUGAUGUAAAUGGCAGUAGGGCAAUUGGAUUCAUUCAAAAUUUGGCCAUAGACUUGUGGGGGAUGGGUAGGAAGGAAAGAAAAUCUAAACAGAAAUCAAGUAGGAAGAAAUUCUUAGCUGCUCUGGGACCAAAUAAUGUAAAUUAUACAAUGAAGAUAACUUUGAUCAAUUAUAUAUUGUAUGCCUGACAUGUGAUUUACUUAUCUUCAAGGGAAAGGCUACCAUAUCUGAACUGUAGAAAUCCAGACCAUCACUAGAGGGUAGCCCUAAACAAAGCCAGAUUUUAAUUAGGAAUUGCACUAAAAAUUUCCUGUCCUAUUAAAAGAUAUCCAAUGUGCCAACGCACAGUAAGGAGCUACUUUAAAGAAGAUUCUGUAAGAACAAACAGGAUUAUCUUGAUUUGGAGAUACAAUCCUGUACAUGUACUCUGUAGGUUCAAAGGAGCUUACUUUUAGGUAAACAGGAAUUUUGCACAUUAUUAAAACUGCAUACUUGAACCACAAAGCCAACUAUAGCAGUUGUCAACUAUUUUCUUGGUAAUCUUUCACUCCUUACAUUCACUCCUCUGCUUUGUUAUUUCUUAUGAAUCACAUAUCUGUGCACGGAUAUUCAUAGGUUAUAUGAAGGCUCCGUCCCUAUUGUAUGUUCAUAUGCAACAUGACCUGUACAAAUGGGGUAGGGGACGUGGAUUACAAUAGCACAAUGCUGCUUUCAUCAUUCUGCUCCUCUUGCCCCCACCACAUAUAUUCAGAAGGUAUAAUCCUCAGUAAACCAUUGUGUACUGUUUCUGUCUAUAUUAUUUGUUAAUAAUAAUGCAUAGAUUAUUCUGUUCAUCAACUCAGGUAAUAUUCAGACUGCCUUCAAAGUCCAAAUUCUAAUAUUCUGUAGAAAUGUAAAUAGGACAACUUUUGUUUCAAUCAUCAUGCUUUUACUACAUUACGUUAAUGGUCUUAAAGUUUAUUUAUUUAUUUAAACACAUUGAAGUUAUUUUAAAAUUAUAUGUAUCCCUAGAUACAGAUUUUUUUUAAAAAAAGCAGCAAUAUAAUUAAAAAAAUCUUUGCUUUAAGACAAACAGGAGUGACUUUAAAAGCCCUGCUGCAAUGCUCUCUUAAAAUGCACAAUUAGUAAUGAUCUCUUUUCUUUGAAAAGUUUGCCAUUUAAAGAAAAAAAAUAAAAUGCACUUAUCAUACAUACAUUCAUUUAAUCACAAAUCAGAAGUGUUUUUUCCGAACAGUUAUUGGUCUUGAUGCGCUCUUGAUAGUACGCUAGAAAUAUAGACUUAAAUUAAUCAGAAUUUGCUAUACAAAUGAAAUUGUCCUACGGAUAGUAAAAAGAAAUGCAAUGGGGCUUCAAAAUAUGAGAUGGUGAUAAAUUAUACUUUUGACUUAGGUGGCCCAAGCACAAUAAUAAUAUUGUGGUGUGUUGUUGUUUGAUGCUAUUGCUUUGAGCUGAAAUUCAGUUUAACAUUAAAUGGCUGAAAAAAAGUC